CGCAAAAGAUCGGUGCACACAAUUCUACACUGUGUCGUAAUAACUUCUGGUGUGUUUGUGUUUCAAAGGCAGAACAAAAUGCUGCUGUUUUGUCCGACAUGUGGAAACGUGCUGGUCGUAGAAGAGGGACAGAGAUGUUUCAGAUUCGCGUGUAACACAUGCCCUUAUGUUCACAACAUUACGCGGAAGGUCAACAACAGAAAGUAUCCUAAACUGAAAGAGGUGGAUGAUGUACUGGGAGGCUCAGCUGCCUGGGAGAAUGUGGACUCUACUGCAGAGCCCUGUCCGAAGUGUGAGCACCCGAGGGCUUUUUUCAUGCAGAUCCAGACCAGAUCUGCUGACGAACCCAUGACGACGUUCUACAAGUGCUGCAGCCUGCAGUGUGGACAUCGCUGGAGAGACUGAGAGCGAGUGCAUGUGUGCUUCACUUUCCUUUGUGUGUGUGUGUCCUGCUUCUGAUUUGAACUGAUCAGCUCAUUAGUUGAAGUGGGUGUGUAUUGGAGUAAGAGGAACACACGGACAUCAAGAAUUACUGGACAGGGCUGGGGCUUUUCUGAACACACACACAGCUGAAUGCAAAUGUACCGAAGUGUGAAGGCUGCUGUGCUGAGGAUUAGGACAAGAAACUGGAAUAUAUUUAUAAUUUGUUGAAGUUAUUAUUUAUAACUCUACAUUAUCAAGCUUGUCUAUUCUUCUUUCAUUACUAUCACACACUUUUUAAACUUCUUCUUUUCCACAGUUAAGAUGAUCAAACCUGACUGAACUGAUGUACCUGCUUAAUUUAAUAAAACAUCACACAUGA